AUGGCUGAAAAUGCUGGAACAAAUGACUUGGUAGACGCGUUUUUAUCCAAUACUUACCUAAACACUGAAGAACUUCGAGCAGAAGACGAGUUUACGCCUGAUGAAUUUUUAGUCUCAAAAAGAUUUCUUGGACUUGACGGUCUUAUUACAGAGUUAAGCCGGGUUUUUGAAAAUGCCAAUAAGGAAUUAAUGAAUUUGGUAAAGGAUAAUUAUCAGGAUUUCGUACGUUUGGGAUCAAGAAUGAACGUGGGCAAUCAAAAAGUUGAUGUCUUAUUGUCUGCAAUACAACGUUCCGAAGAACAAAUCAAGAAUUCCCAAACCUCUGUUCAAAAUUAUGAGCAAAUUUUGAGAGAAUUAACCGAUAGAAGAAAAAGCGUUGAAAACGAAAAGCAAAUUGCAAGCGACUUACUCUUGCUUCAAAGAAACCUUGACUUUCUAAAAAUGUUCCCCCAAAACCAUCCUUUAUGGUUUGAUAGUCUAAACACCGUUCAAGCGUUGUCUGAAGCGUACAAAAAUCAUCCGUGGGUGAAGACACUCCAAUCAGAAAUACACAGCCUUCCGAAGAGUUCAUAA